CCUCUAUAUCUUUGUAUCUUUCAGAGUGCUUUAUCCUAGAUUGUUUUCAUUCUCUCUCGUACCUCUUCGAAUUCUAUCUUUGUGUCUGUCUGAACCUUUUUGAUCAUCCGAAUGCCAGAAAGCAUGAGCAUAUCAGUAAAUGGACAAUCCCAAGUCCCUCCUGGGUUCCGAUUUCAUCCAACAGAAGAGGAGCUCCUGCAAUACUAUUUAAGGAAGAAGGUUUCGUAUGAAAAGAUUGACCUAGAUGUAAUUCGUGAUGUUGAUCUCAAUAAGCUCGAGCCAUGGGAUAUUCAAGAGGUGUGUAAGAUAGGCACCACCCCACAAAACGAUUGGUACUUCUUUAGCCACAAAGACAAGAAGUAUCCCACUGGGACGCGCACCAAUCGUGCAACUGCCGCCGGAUUCUGGAAAGCCACCGGCCGUGAUAAAGUCAUACAUAGCAACUGUAGGCGGAUCGGAAUGAGGAAGACUUUAGUGUUCUACAAAGGCCGAGCCCCCCAUGGAUUAAAAUCCGAUUGGAUCAUGCACGAAUAUAGACUGGAUGACAACAUCACUGACACCAAUAUCUCCAAUGCUAUGGGAGAGGCAAGUCAGGAAGAUGGGUGGGUGGUGUGCCGGAUAUUCAAGAAGAAAAAUUACCACAAAACCCUAGACAGCCCUAUCAGUUCAUCCAUGACUGCAGAAACAAGAACCCACCAGAUGUUUGAUUCGUGUAAUGGGGGAGCUGCCUUGGAGGAAAUACUACAAUACAUGGGAAACACUAGCAAGGAAGAGAAGGAGGUAAAAAGGAGCGGAAGAUUUCUCCGGCCAAUAGACACCGGCAUGAAAAAUGGCUACCAGGAGACAUUCAUGAAACUUCCAAGCCUAGAGAGCCCAAACUCCACCAGCUGCCAAAACUAUUAUCAAACCAUUAAUCCUGACAUGAUUACAGAAAACGAAGGCCUAGCCGGUUAUCAAAUGGAGUCAUCAUCAGCUGCCCUCACCAACUGGGCAGCCCUUGAUAGGCUCGUAGCUUCUCAGCUCAAUGGCCAAACAGAGGCUUCUAGGCAAUUAGCCGGCUUUAGUGACCCCACCAUGGCUUAUUGCACUGAUCAUGAGCUCCAAUUUCCAACCCUUCGAUCAUCAUCAUCUUCAAACAGAUCCUACCAUCCCACCCAUCAGGACUACAACAGCGAAAUGGACCUCUGGAGUUUUGCUCAAUCAUCCUCCGACCCACUAUGCCACGUGCCGAAUGCUCCGGUAUAACAGAAUAACCUUCUCUCUCUCUCUCUCUCACUCACUCUCUAUAUAUAUAUAAAUAUGUGUAAACAUAUAUAUAAUAUAGUUCUUGAAGUCAGAGGCUUAUUAUUAGAGGCAGUUAUUUGUAAUAAUACUACUAGUACUACCAUGAUAAAUAUGCUAGAUAAAUAAAGGUGAAGGCGUUUUAGA